AUGGAAGCCGUUGAGAACUUCGUGCAGUUCAUGGAGGAGGCCGCAGCAGCGGGGCAUCCAGGACUUGAAGGCAUGUGGAGGGUGAUAAUCUACCUCCACGAAAACAUUAUCCAUCCCCAAACGAGAGCCUUCCAGCCCUUCGAAGCUUUCACAACAAUUCCUUUGAACUACCAAGCAUUUGCCAGGACUGCGUAUCAAUGGCUGCGCAUGCAUAUCAGGCACAGAACUAUUCGAACCGCCCUGAUGGAGAUCGGGUACACAAAACCAGGACUGGUUGACGGGCUUAGGUCCCCCGAAGGCGGACUUGCUGAGCAUGAGCUCAACAUUAUUCGUCGAAGGAACAGACGUAACCAACCCGACCAGACGUUCAUUCCGAGGAUCGACUCAGGGAUAGAGUUCUUUUUGACGGCUGGUGCUCUCCAGUAUCUUUCUAGUACUCCCGUGGCUGAUGCCACAAUUGCCGACAUUCCACGGACCAAGGAGGCUAUGAAGAGACAUGUCGCGGUCAUGGUCCGUGCUAUACAAGACAUGGAUCAUAGGUUGGCUGGCGAUGCGCACCAAGUUGCCAUUGUCAAGUUUACUUCGCCUAGGGUUUUAGAAGCGAUCGCAUGGGAGUUCAUGUUUUGUUCAAUCGACGCGGCAGAGGGCAGGCCGAACGUCUACCCCUGGGCCACCAGCUUCUUCCAUAAGGAGUAUCCCUCGUGGGAAAGCCGAUGGGACGACAUGCUGAUCCUCGUUCAAACGUCAAAAGCGGCCGUCGCAAACGUGCUUCUGUGCCCAUAUAUUCAGCGCUUCGCCCAUGAUCCCGAUCAUGAGCUUAAACGUAAGGUGGACAACAAGGACACCAAUCUUAAUAAAGCAUCGCAGCUCAGUGAUUUAAAGGCCCUGGUGCCGGACAUUAACAGCGUGGCAAAUCCUGCUGCAGCAGUUGUUUCUGCCGCUGCCCGGGGUCCCGCGGAUUCCCUUGCUCUUCCCCCCCUUCUCCAUCCCAACGCUGGACCGCCUGCUCAAGAUGAUGGUCGGGCUACAUGGCCUACUGCACAGCUUGUGUCCCACCGUGGAGGUACUCCUCCCAUAGCCACUGAGGAACCUAGACAACAUCAUACUCCGCUAGGUCGGAGCCAGCCUACGGGUUCGGUACUGAGCCAUGGUCGUUCACGAUAUAUGAUGACCAUUGAUGGUCCAGUGCCUAGAGGUCCACUCAGCGGGAUGGACUCGACAUCUCCUGCUCGACCUGCGACACCCGCUUCGCGUUCAAGGCGACGCGUUGCUCGCCCCAGCUCAAUUGAGCGAGAGGCUCUUGGAGGUGCGCCUUCCAACCAACUUCCAAUUGCAAGAUAUCCACAGACACACCGUGCGCAGCAUGCUCCCGUUGAUGCGCCAAGCAACUAUAAUAAUCCCGUUUCACACCACGGCAAAGCGCGGAGUACUACGUAUAUACCCUUUGCGCAUUAUGCCGGCCCUUGCGCUUACCCUUAUAUUCCGCCUACGCCCCAAUUAACUCUCAAUACUACUCCAAGCGGCAUCCAUCAACAUAGCAGUCCAAGUGAUCCUCCUAUCCCCCUUGCUACCUCGACUGCUAGGCAGUUUGCUGCUCCCAUCCAGCCCAUCAACACCCCGCCUGCUUUCGACUGGAACGGUUCUCUUCCGGAAACGUCCCUUCUCGAAAGAGACGUUACGGCUCCUAUGGGAAAUGCUGCCAAUGAGUUCCAUGGGUUGGGUUUCUACCAGGGCAUGAAUCCGGGAUCUUAUGAGGCGGCAGAAUGGUAUGGGGACGCCAAUGGCAUGUUUUAUUCCAAUGCUGCUAAUAGCGAGGCCACCGGAGUGGACUUCGGGCAAGCCAGCCACGAAUUUGAAGACGCCGGGGUUGCGACAGCUUCUGGAGCUAGCGGGAUGCCGAUGGGCGGUUACGGCCCAUUUGGAACCAAUGCAAUUGAUGGAGAAUGGAAUCAGUGUGGUAGAAACUUCGAAGACAUGGAGUCAAACUCCGAGGUGGGACGCGCGGCGAAUUCGGGGAUCGUCGCCGGCCAUCCUGUCGGCGAUUUGUUUGCCAAUGCCACUACUGAAACCUGCUCCAACAACAUGAACGGUCAGAACUCGGUUGAUGAUGGACAGCAGAAAAUUGGCAUUUGGGGAGCAGCGAUCGUGGACGGCCAUUCUGCCAACAACACUCACGGCAGCGUUGCACGGCCCAUUCCUAAUCACGGUAACCAAGGGGUGAACAGCGGGGAGGUUGUGGGAGCUGGACAUUCCACCGAAGGAGUGGAUGGCGAUUGGAACGAGGUUGCGCUUGCAGCGCUCAACAACGACGAAUCACUUGGCUGGCAUGUUAGCAGCUCAGAGAGUUCAGGAAGGAAGAGGAAACGAGGAGACGACGAUGAAGAGGAGGAAGAGCCUCAUGCUCAGAGGCCCCGAUAG